GACUGUACAACAAUCUAAUGCAAUCUUCUCUUCCCUUUUACCCAUUUUUCACGCUCUGAACUUCAAAUAAAAAAACUCUCCGAUUCACAAAUCUGCCGGAGUUUUUCAUUGUGUUCUUCUCCAUGUAGUUGUAGUGAACGGACUCUGGUACGGCGGAGCCAUGGCGACGGCAUUGGAGUGCUGGUCGAGUAGGGCUAGUACUGAUGAGGAUUUGGUGGAGCAGGUGCUGAUGAGGACGCAGGAUAGAUCGGAAGGCUCCAAGCCGGAGAGUUCGUUGGCCGUCGGAGAGAAGGAGUCGUCGGCGAUGCAGAAACGGUUGCAGAGAUUUAGUCGGAACGUGUCGGAGGCGGUAGCGUCGCUUAAAAACUCCUUGAAUCUGGACUCUGUUCGCGAUCCCUCACCUACGAAAACCGAGGGGUCUAAGAAGGCUGUCUGGGGGAGUGUUGUGCGGAAUCUUACUCAGCUCUAUCCUGGCAGUCAGUUGCCGGAAAAGCUCGUCUCCAAUAUUCGCAAGCAUUACGAUUCAUUGCCUCUUAGUUAUGCUCAGGCGGGGUUUGAGAUUAAAGAUGUCUUUCUCCACAUCAAAUUGAUAGAGCAGGCAUCUGUUUAUGAUCACCCUGCCAUCUUAUUUCAAGAAGUGACGAAUCAUGACGUUCAAAAACCUACAAUAAAGCUCACGUUUGCUUGCAACUCUUUAGUUUCAUGGUCAGCGAUGUCUGGAGCGUUGGAGAGCGCUGGCAUUCGCUGUGAGAAAAUACAGAUUUUUGAGAAGAAGAAAUUUAGUCUUGGAGUCAUCCUUUUUGUAAAUCUAGAUGCUCAGGAGAAACUCUUCAAAUCCAAGGUUGAAAAUGCUCUUAAAUUGGCUAUAAAGAAGCCGAAAACUAAUACAGUGAAGCUCCCAUUUGGAUUUUGUGGAUGCCAAGAAGGUAACACUGGGGGGAAAGAUCUGAGAGAAAUCGAGGAGGAUGCUGUUGAUCAAAAUUGCAGAAGUGGUUUUGAGAACUCGAAUUUGAACGAAAAUUUACUGAUUGAAAUGCCAUUAUCAACUUCAUCCUUUACUGUAACUGUCGAUGAAUGGCAAACAGUCCAAUCUGGUGGACAUGAAUUGGGUAAAUGGCUGCUAAGCUCCGAGAAUCUUGAAUUCACCGAUCAGAUUGGACCCAACUCGUUCAAGGGAGUCUACAAGGGCAGAAGAGUUGCUAUAGAGAAGAUUAAAGGGUGUGAAAAGGGAGUUUCUUACAAGUUUGAGCUCCGAAAGGACUUGUUGGAGCUGAUGACAUGUGGGCACAAGAACAUUCUGAUGUUCUAUGGUGUUUGUAUUGAUGAAAAUCAUGGCCUGUGUGUGGUAACCAAACUAAUGGAGGGCGGAUCAGUCCAUGAAUUGAUGCUGAAAAACAAAAGGCUUCAAAUGAAAGAAAUAACCAGGAUUGCUGCUGAUGUUGUAGAAGGGAUCAAAUUCAUAAAUGACCACGGUGUUGCUUAUCGUGAUCUUAACACACAGCGAAUUUUGUUAGAUAAGAACGGCAAUGCUUGUUUGGGAGACAUGGGCAUACUCACUGCAUGCCGAAACUUAGGCGAGGCAAUGGAAUACGAGACCGAUGGGUAUCGAUGGCUAGCUCCUGAGAUUAUUGCUGGUGACCCGGAGAGUGUUAACGAGACAUGGAUGAGCAAUGUAUACAGCUUUGGAAUGGUAAUAUGGGAGAUGGUGACUGGCGAGGCAGCAUAUGGCGCAUACUCGCCAGUGCAAGCGGCAGUUGGUAUAGCUGCGUGUGGUCUGAGACCUGAUGUUCCAAAGGACUGCCCGUCCAACCUGAAAGCUCUGAUGAUCAGGUGCUGGAACAAUUGCCCAUCGAAGCGCCCACAAUUCUCCGAAGUUUUAUCAAUGGUGCUGGACUCCAACAAUAACAGUCAUAAAUGAAGUAAGUAUCUUCCUCUUAAUCUAAAUUAAUUCAAAAUGUUUACUCAAGUUAUUGUAAAGGGUUCCUUCUGCUCUGCCUUCAAUGUAGAUGUGAGAAGUUUGUGUUGUUAGGAUAUUAAUCCAUCUACUUCUCAUAAAGGAAAAAAAAAAAAAAAAACCCAGUAUCACCAUAGGAAAACCAACCCUCUUACUCAGUUACCACCACCCCGAAAGCAGGAAGAUGACAAAGAAAGAUCUUGAGAGAAAGUUCAUAUCUGUAUUGUAUGAGAUGGAGAAUGGAUUCUUAAGAGAUCAUUUAAUGUAUGACUGAAGCAGAUUCUGUGUAGCAUGGGGUAGAGAUAGGGAAAGAAAUGAUAUUUACAGAGAUUCCAAUUGUUAAAUCACUGCCAGAAUAGGUUAAUGUAAAUUUAAUCUUAUAUGA